AUGCCGCCGAAGACGGCAAAGAAAGACCCCAAGGGGGGCAAAGCUCCUCCCAGCGGAAAGAAGAAGGAAGGAGGUGGCGGUAAGGCCAAGAAGAAGAAGUGGUCGAAGGGAAAGGUCAGGGAUAAGCUCAACAACAUGGUGCUUUUCGACCAGGGAACUUACGACAAGCUCUACAAGGAAGUGAGUGAAUUUAUAAUACUUUUUUUCACCUAAAAUUAAUUCUUGAGCAAGGAAUAUUAUGAGUUUUUCUUUUCGCGCGGUUGCUACAAAAUUUCUUUCUCUUUAUUAGUUACUCCUAAGUCACUUUGUAUGGGUCAUUAUCUUUCUCACAAUCAGAUUUUUUUUUCAGUGUAAGUUUUAGAGGUUUCGAACUUUCAAAUUUUAUUAUUCCAUUUAUCUUUGACAUGGUAAUAAUAUAAAAGAGCAAAUCUUUGUCUAGUUUCUUCUUUUUAUAAAUAUUAAUGGCGUGUUUAUCGGAAAAAACUAAAAUUCCCUCGAAACGCACAAAAAAUGGCUCCAAAACAAAAAAUAGUACUGUUUUGAAGCAACUCUGGCGCGCGAAUAAGCAGGAUUUUAGUUUUGAAGUUUUGAUUAGAAUGAAUAACUUUUUUUUACAGUUGACGACCAAGUUUUUUGUUUAAGAUCAUGACGUCUAUAAUAUAAUAAUGAUUUUCUUUUGAAUAGUCUUCAAUCGACUUAGCGAUUCUUUGUACAGUAUUAAAAGACAGAAAAGGGCUAAUAAUUAUAACUGAAAAAAAUUUAAAUUAGAAACUUUAUUGUAGUUUUCUGUUUUCAGGUCAUCACCUACAAGUUGAUCACCCCAUCAGUCGUUUCCGAACGUCUGAAGGUGCGAGCAUCUUUGGCGAAGGCUGGCCUCCGGGAGCUCCAAGCUAAGGGACUUGUUAAGUGCAUUGUUCACCACAGCGGCCAGAUCGUUUACACCCGAGCGACCAAGGAAGCUGAAGUCAUCGUUGAAUAA